CAAAAUUGUCUCCAGCGCCUCGAAAAUGACUUCUUCCAUUAUUUCCGAUGAAUUGUCCAGGAAAAUCGCGGAGAUAAUUAGCAAGCACGAUGACUGGUCGGAAGAAGAUAAGACCAGAAUUCUCUCGGAGUAUAUGAAGAUAUUUGGUGAGGUAUGGAAAGAAGCAGUUCCUGUAUUCAACAAUGGGAACGUACCUGGUCAGUUCCAGUCAGCUGACGAGAAGGAGGAAGCUAAGACAGAGGAAACAGCUGAAGAUCUGGAAGAAGCUGAGAUCCGUCAUGAAGGCACCCUUAUUGCUGUCACCAAAAAGCGCAAAGAAUAUACAGCAAAAAUUGCAGCACUGCUUGGAAAGACAACAAGACUUCAGAAGAAUACAGUUGAGGUGCUGAAAGUGGAUCUUCCUCCACGUCCUCCAUUAGAAGUGGACAACAACUCGAGUCAUCUCAACGCAAAUUUAGCAUCUAUGUUGGAAGCCAGCUCCAGUGCACUUUCAGAAAACAUGAAUAGCCUGCAGCCUCAUAAUCACCGCCUCACUCACUUAGCUGAAGCCAUGGACAUACUUACUUCCAAUAGGAAUAAUCCAAUGGAAGUGUUUUUAUCCAGUUGUGAAUAAAAUGUAGGUAACUUUGAUGACAUAUUGCUGUGCAUGAACUGACAGAUUACAUUAUAUUAAAUUUUUAUAGUGUUGUUCAUUGAGAUUUAGAAUAUUUCAUCAAAUGAAUGACUUUAUCUGGUGAAUAUAUGGAUGUCAUUUGUACCUGGAGAGUGAUAGGCAAUUUAACUGAGUAUGAGUGUAAUACUGAGCAUAUGUAAACUCUAUCUCAUACUCCACUUUUAUAAACUAUAAGGGUUUUGUGAUAUAUAAGUAGAAAAAACACAAGAUCUAGAUUUAUAUUCUGUCAUUUACUAUAUGCAUUUGACAAGAGUCCUGUGGAGUUCAGAAGAUUUUGAAAACGGUAUGCAAAAAUUUUGAAUUCUAUAAGGGUUGGAGCAUGUUCUUGUUUUUACUAAUCCUUCUUUUUGUAUCAAUUGUGUUUUGCUUCAAGUUUUUUACUACAACUAGAAGUGUAUUCAUGUAAAAUUUUGAAGAAAAGCAAAGAUUGGCCUUUACAGCAGAAUCAGGAAUGUAUCUUAUAAUUUUUGCAAAUAUAAUACCCAAUGUUAGUCUCAUUUAUGGACAAAAAUUCUUAUUCUAUCUUUGCAAAAACUUUGUUUUCCUUUAUUUUAUAUGCUUUGAAUUUAUGUUAUCUAGUGGACAAAUAUAAAAAAAAGGAUUAA